AUGCGUCACCUCAGGAUCUCAGUGUUUUUGACGUCGCUGCUGUGUGCAACUGGGAUUUUUGCUAGUGAAGAUUUCAAUGAUGUGUCCGUCUUAACUCGAGAGGCCGGACGCGCUAGCAACGAGUCCUUGCUAUGGGGUCCCUACAAGUCGAAUCUCUACUUUGGGGUGCGUCCUCGCAUUCCGAAGAGUCUCACGGCGGGAUUGAUUUGGGGAAAGGUUGAUGAUUAUGCCGGUGCUCAACAAAACUUUAGACACACAUGUGAACAAAAUGAAGGAAUGGCCGGCUAUGGCUGGGACGAGUACGAUAUCCGGAAGGGUGGACGGGAAACCAUUCAUGAUGCUGGGAACAGCUUGGACUUGACAAUCGAUUUCAUCAAAGUUCCUGGUGGCCAGCACGGAGGUAGCUGGGGAUUCCGAGUCAAAGGCACACCUAGAGAGGGCGCUGAUCCCGACCAGCCCAUCACGAUGAUCUUUUAUUCUACUCUUGAGGGCUUCGGUCACUUGGGAGCCCAUUCUGCGUCCUCUGAAUCCACUGGCGUGGAAGGCAAUGUCAAGCUCGAAGGAUACUCCGCAGAACUUGGUGAUUUCGCCAUCGAUGUCACCACUGGACCGGAGACCAACUCGCACCCCCGCUACGAUCAUCCUAGUUCCACAGACAAGCCAUUGGAUCGCAGUUUUGUAGCUAGUGUGGCUUUCCCAGAGGAGCAACUUUGGCAAGCAAAGGGCAUCUUCUUCACUCAGUUGAAGGCGGAGGUUGAUGAAGCCCUUGAAGAGUAUGGAAAAGAGAACGUCCCGCCCCCGGCCCAGCUGUUCACUAUCAAGCACAGACCGGGCCAGGGCAAUGCUCAUCUUGUUCAGAAGGUCUUCGCCGGUGCAUUCGAGUUCGAUGUCCUGUUCUCCUCCCGCUCCGCCCCGGAACCGUUGACUUCGGAAAUCCUCACUAAGGAAAUUGAUGAUGCUUCGGCUUCAUUCUCUGAGACUUUCGAGCAGCUUCUCAAACCACAGGCGCCAUUCGACUCGCCGAAGUACUCGAGCUUCUCCAAGGCAAUGUUGUCUAACCUCAUUGGCGGCAUUGGGUUCUUCCACGGUGAUGAUGUCGUGGAUCGGUCCGCAAAUCCUGCGUAUGAAGAGGAGAAUGAAGGCUUCUGGGAAGAGACCGCCGAGGCCAGGGCUGCCGCGCAGCCUGCUAUCGAAGGCCCUAAGGAGCUUUUUACUUGUGUUCCCUCCCGGCCGUUCUUCCCUAGAGGAUUCCUUUGGGAUGAAGGUUUCCAUUUGAUGCCCGUGAUCGAAUACGAUACCGAUCUUGCGCUCGAGAUUAUCAAGAGCUGGUUCCACUUGAUGGAUGAGGAUGGGUGGAUUGCCCGUGAACAAAUCCUCGGCCAAGAGGCACGCAGUAAGGUUCCCCCGGAGUUUACGAUUCAAUAUCCCCAUUACGCAAACCCGCCUACUCUGUUCAUGGCCUUGGAAGCAUUCAUGGACAAAGUCAAGGCCAACAACAACAAGAGCACCGAGUUCGCAUCCCUGGACAACCAGGAUGCGACCGCGAGCCUGCGCUCUGCCACUGUCCGACACCCAGAACUGUCUGAAGCAUACCUUCGCUCAUUCUACCCGCUCCUUAAGAAGCACUACAACUGGUACAGGAACACUCAGCGCGGUGACAUCAAGUCGUAUGACCGCGAAGCAUUCUCGACCAAGGAAGGUUACCGCUGGCGCGGACGUUCCGUGCAGCACAUUCUCACUUCUGGCAUCGAUGACUACCCCAGAGCUCAGCCCCCGCACCCCGGUGAGCUGCAUGUCGAUUUGAUCAGUUGGAUGGGAAUGAUGACUCGCGCUAUGCGCCGCAUUGCCGAGAACCUCGGUGAGGAAGAAGAUGCGGAGCAAUUCGCCUACUACGAGACCGCUAUCACUCGUAACAUUGAUGACUUGCAUUGGGACGAGAAGGAGCAAACCUUCUGCGAUGCGACUAUCGACGAAUAUGAAGAGAGCGUGCACGUCUGCCAUAAGGGUUACAUCUCCAUCUUCCCCUUCCUGACGGGUAUGCUGGGCCCUGACAGCCCACGCCUCAAAGCUGUGUUGAACUUGAUCGGUGAUCCCCAGGAGCUGUGGAGUGACUAUGGUAUCCGCAGUUUAAGCAAGAAGGAUAGGCUCUACGAGACCGAUGAGAACUAUUGGAGGAGCCCUGUCUGGAUUAACAUCAACUACUUGGUGUUGAAGAAUCUCUAUGACACUGCAACAGUCUCCGGUCCUCACCAGGAACAGGCGCGGGAGAUGUACUCCGACUUGCGGAAGAAUUUGGUCGAGAAUGUCUUCCGCGAGUGGAAGAGGACUGGAUUCGCAUGGGAACAGUACAAUCCUGACUCGGGCAAUGGCCAGCGGACACAGCACUUUACCGGCUGGACCAGUAUGGUGGUGAACAUGAUGUCCAUGUCUGAUUUGGCCGGACCCGGAAAGACCACUCAUGACGAGUUGUAA